AUGAGAACCUCAGUCCUUAGUUUAUUAGCAGUUGGUGCCUCCAUGGCCGCUGCUGCCCCAUUAGGUGGCGAACAUCAACAUUUACAUCAACAUCAAAAGAGAGAUGUCCUCACUGAAAUUGUGUACGUUGACGUUAACGGUGCCACUAUCAGUACCUCCAGUAGUUCAACCAGUACCUCAGUGCUGUCUACCACCACCUCUACUAAUGAAGAGACCACCACCACUGCUGCCUCCUCCACCCAAGCCAGCUCCAAGAGUACAUCAACUUCUAGCUCAUCCUCAUCCUCAUCUUCCAACUCCAUUUCUGGUGAUCUUUCUGCUUUCUCUGACCCAACCGAAGAAUUCGAAGACGGUGUUCACGACUGUGACUCUGUUCCAACUGGUCAAGGUGUUAUUGCAGUCACCUGGAUCUCCAGCUUGAACGGUGGUUGGACCACUAUCAUGAACGAAGACGGUGACACCUCAUCCACCUGUUCAGACGGUUACUACUGUUCUUACGCUUGUCAAGCUGGUAUGUCCAAGACCCAAUGGCCAUCAGAACAACCAUCUUCCGGUAUUUCAGUCGGUGGUUUAUACUGUAAGAGCGGUAAGUUGUACAAGUCUAACUCCGACUCCAAGUACUUGUGUGAAUGGGGUGCUCAAACAGCCAGCUUCGUUUCCAAGUUAGAUGACGAUGUUGCUAUCUGUAGAACUGAUUACCCAGGAUCCGAAAACAUGAAUAUCCCAACUUUGUUAGAAGCUGGUUCCUCUGCUCCAGCUUCCGUUGUUGACUCCAGUAGUUACUUCACCUGGAAAGGUGGUGCUACCUCUGCUCAAUACUAUGUUAACAAUGCUGGUGUCUCCGUUGAAGACGGUUGUAUCUGGGGUACCUCCGGAUCCGGUGUUGGUAACUGGGCUCCUGUUGUGUUAGGAAGUGGUGUCACUGGUGGUAAGACAUACUUGUCAUUGAUUCCAAAUCCAAACAACUCUGAUGCUCCAAACUACAACAUUAAGAUCACUGGUACAUCUGGUUCAAGCGUCAACGGUGAUUGUAGUUACAUCGAUGGAUCUUACACUGGAUCUGGCUCUGAUGGAUGUACCGUCACUGUUUCCUCAGGAAGCGCUAACUUUGUUUUCUACUAG